AUGGAGAUCGGCACCGAGAUCAGCCGCAAGAUCCGGGGUGCUAUAAAAGGAAAGUUACAGGAGCUGGGGGCUUAUGUUGAUGAAGAGCUCCCUGAUUAUAUUAUGGUUAUGGUGGCCAAUAAGAAGAGUCAAGAGCAAAUGACCGAAGACCUUUCCCUUUUCCUUGGAAACAAUACUGUCAGGUUUACUGUCUGGCUCCAUGGUGUUUUGGAUAAGCUGCGGUCUGUGACUACUGAACCAACCAGUGUAAAAUCUUCAGAAUCUAAUGUCUUUGAGAGCAACCUGCCUUCCAGCAAAAGCAGUUCCUGUGUGAGUGAUGAGAAGAGGCGUGAGGAUAUCUUGCCACCUCUUGCAGUAUCAAGCACUCGGACUGAAAGAAAUGACUCCAGAGUUUCAACCAGCUCACAGGAGCAGAGGAACACUGCUUCUAGGCAGUCUUGUGAAGAUGGUUCUGCAUCCCGCUUAACAUCUACUGUCAAGCCUUUGAGGGAAUUGUCACCUUCUGAAGCUGUAAUUGACAUUAAACCUGAGCCAGAUGAUCUAAUUGAUGAAGACCUAAACUUUGUGCAGGAGAAUCCUUUGUCACGGAAGAAACCCAUUGUGACUGUAACUUACGGUUCCUCUCGUCCCUCGGCCGAGAUCUACCGGCCACCAGCUGUCAGGAGCGCUGAUGGCGUUGCACACGUGCCCAGAUUGUCACAACAGGGCAGCUUGCAGGGGAGCCGGCACUUAGACACACAAGGCUGCAGGUCUUUGGAAACAGGCCAGCUGUGCAAUCCAGAAGCAUUUGGCAGCUUAGCAGAAGGUCACAGACCCGCCUCCAAACUCAGUGCUGAUAAAGUGGGCAGUGAGGAGGAAAGCUCCAGGAAGAGACGGCUGCCUGUUGUGAGCUCAGUAGUCAAAGUGAAAAAGUUCUGUAAUGAUGGAGAAGAUGAAGAGGAAGAGGAAGACUAUGGAUUGCGAACAGGAGGCAUCUCCAGCAGUGUGUCUGUACCUGCAAAGCCAGAGAGAAGACCUUCAUUGCCGCCUUCAAAACAGGCCAAUAAGAAUUUAAUACUGAAAGCAAUCUCUGAAGCACAGGAAUCAGUUACAAAAACGACCAAUUAUUCCACUGUUCCACAGAAACAGACUGUUCCAGUUGCACCAAGAACUCGAAUUAGCCCAGAAGAAUCACAGUUAGAAGUAAUUCAUGUGAAAAGCAGAUUGCCUGUUCUGAGUUCUCAGCUUCAAGAAGAGUCAAAGGAGCAGACAGUUGAAGAAAUUCAAGGAAUUGAACAAAAGGAGCUCUCUUGUUGCCUUCAGAUUGAUCCUAUGAUUGAGGAUACCUUGCAAGUGACUCAGGAUUACUGUGACCCAGAAUCUGUGGUCCAUUCAGAUACUCGGUCGUUUAUCCUGAAGAAGCCCAAGUUAUCAGAGGACACGGUGCCACAGAACCAGCAAUUGGGAAAGAAGGGCACAGAGGCAAUGCGAGUUCACUCAGGACGUCUAAUACAGACACGAGACCAGCUUGUGCAGCCAGAGAAACCUGCUAGUCCCAAGUUCAUUGUGACACUGGAUGGCGUGCCCAGUCCACCAGGAUACCUUUCAGAUCAGGAGGAGGAAGAUAUGUGUAUAAUGGAAGGAUUAAAGCCAAUUACCCAGCACAUGUGUGCUGGCAAAGGAUUAAAAGGUCUUCAAGCCCAGCAGAUGCAAAUUGUAACCAGGCAGCUGGAGAACUGUGAUGUGGAAAUGGAAGACUUAAGUAUGCUACAAAAGCAGGAGAAGGUGCUGGAGCGCUGCAAGUACUGGCCUGCCUGUAAAAAUGGAGAUGAAUGUGUGUACCAUCACCCCACACUACCUUGCAAAGUUUUCCCUAACUGUAAAUUUGCCGAUAAAUGCCUGUUCAUCCAUCCAAACUGUAAAUACGAUGCAAAGUGCACUAAGCCAGACUGUCCUUACACUCAUGCCAGUCGACGAAUCCCCCAUCCAUCUCCUAAACCAGCACCCCUGCCCACGCUGUCCAUAUCCUCCAGUAGUCCGCUGUGUAAGUUUUUUCCAGCUUGUAAGAAAAUGGAGUGUCCAUUUUACCACCCAAAACAUUGUAGGUUUAAUACACAAUGUACAAGACCAGACUGCACUUUCUACCAUCCCACUGUUGCUGUACCUCCACGCCACGCCUUGAAAUGGACUCGAACUCAAAUCAGUGAAUGAAUAUGAUACAACCUGGGACUGAGCUUUGCCUCCUCUGGACAGUAGAUGACAGGAAGAUUUACUACCAGGACACAGGAUACUAGGAAAGACUCAUACAUUUUGGACUUUGAAUAUACAUUGUUUUCAUAAAACAAGGUUGAUUGCAUACUUGAAAUGUCUCUAAUUUUCCAAGUUUGUAAGUUUGGGCAAUUUUACAUUUUUUUUACACUGUAAGAAAAAACACGUGUGUAAGAAAAGUUUUACUUUAAAUUCCAUUAAAAACCUU